AUGGCUGGCUUUUGGGAAAAGUCUUUCUCACUGGCAAGAAAUGGCGUGUCACCACCAAUGGAAUUACAAAAGAUGGUAUUUCCUUGGAUCGAAGACUAUUUUGGUGCUGGUAAUAUAGGGUGGGUAGCUGUCUGUGAGAAGGAGAUGAAUGAAGUUGAUGAGAACGAGGAUGAGGAUGAAAACAUCAUAAAUUUGGAGAUAGAUGAAGAAGCAGAUUCCGUAGAAUUCGUGAAGGAAGAUGGAAGAUUGCAGUCGAAAGAAAAAAAGAGAAAAGGAAAGCAAAGAGCAACUCAAAGCAGUAUCAAUACAGCAAAGCACAAAUUUUUACAACUCUUGAUACAAUGCAGAAGAAUAAUCUUACAAGAUGCAGUCAUUUACUUGUACUUGAACAAAGAAAACAAGUACAUCAACACAAGAAACCUUCCAUUCUCAACUGCCAUUACCAGCCCUUCCAUUGGUAUACUAGAAGAGUAUGCAAUCCUUGUUCCUAAAAUUGUUGAUACAAACAAAGAGGUAGCCAACAGAGUGACAAAACAACAGUACUUAAAUUCACAAAUGCAAUUACUCAUGACUAUCAACAAUGCUUCUCAAAGCAUAAAUACCAAUACCAGCUUGUCUCAACCGCCUAUAUUUCCUGUUUUUUUUAUUAUUCAUUUAAUAUUGUUUUUUCCUUUCUCUACUUCUGCUCCUUUUACUUUUUCACCUACUCAACAACCAACUGCUAUAAGUGUCACCCCACCUUUACUCAAUUCAAAUAGACAUUUCAUUGCUUUGUUAAAGCCCAAAGUCAAGAAAAAGGCUAGAUAG